AUGGUCAGAAUCACCGACUUCCUCCUCCUGGCGUCCGCCGCCUUCGCCGCCCCGGCCGCCAACACCAACACCAACACCAACAACAAGAGGGGCAGCGUCUCGGCCGCAGACCAGCCCCUCCCCGCCGUCGUCAAGGCCAACUCGCGCGCCGGCGACGCCCAGCUCGUGCAGUCCCUGCUGCUCGCGCCGACGCAGAAGCAGCGCGUCAACCUGCUCAACCAGCCCGGCGACUUCAUCUUCGACUUCAAGAACCCGCCCGAGGGCGCCACCGCGACGGGCAAGGGCGGCAGGCUCGUGUCCGCCAACGCCGAGACCUUCCCCGGGCUCAUCGGCAACGGCGCCGCCAUGUCGGUCGCCUUCCUGGGGCCCUGCGGGCUCAACUCGCCGCACGUGCACAACCGGGCCACCGAGCUCAACAUCCCCGUCAAGGGCCGGCUCGUCACCUCGUUCUUCCAGGAGAACGGCGCCACCGCGCGCGAGGACCUGGCCGACACUUUUACGCUCGCCGUCUUCCCCCAGGGUGCCAUCCACGCCGAGUACAACCCUGACUGCGAGGACGCCGUCUUCGUCGCCGCCUUCAACAACCAGGACCCGGGCGUCGAGCAGGUCGCCCAGGCCUUCUUCAGCCUGCGGCCCGACAUCGUCCAGUCCACCCUCAACGGCGUCGACAUGCUCAAGGGCCAGGACAUCGAGAGCUUCCGCGACGCCCUGCCCGCCAACAUCGUCCAGGGCGUCGAGAGCUGCCUGAAGAAGUGCGGCAUCCCCAAGAACGCCAAGCGCGACCUGUCCGAGGUCUUUGGCUCUUGA